AUGGCUGAUUUUGCGAAUUUCGAGGGAACGCCCAGUAGCCCGGGUAGCGACACGGGCAAGCGAAAGGCUGCCAUCCUUGACAAGCAUUUACCAGAUGGCUAUUCUGCAGAGCCUGAUGUUGCCUUCGGUCCAGCCAACACUACUGCUUCUGCUUCCGCCUCUGCCUCUGCUUCCGCUACCAAUGUCAACGAUGACUCUCCAGCAGAGCCUGUUGAGUCUUCACUCCUACUCCAAGGUGGUGACAUGCAUCGCGACAUGUUCAAGAUCAAGGCUCGCGCCAAUUCCCUUCGACGAGCUGCUACCUUUUCCCACCAUCACACUCCCGGACUGGCCGACGACGACGAGCUAAGCCACUCCGAACAGCGUGAACCAGGAGGCUUCCGACGAUACCAUAUCCAGCGACGUGCCCGUCAGAGACGUAUGAGUGGCUACACAAUUGUGGCUAAGAAUUUCGUCGAUUUCCUCGACCUGUACGGAAGCUUUGCUGGCGAAGACCUCGAAGAUGCCGACAGCGAAGACGAGUCUGCGAUCGAUGACCGAGAGGACGGCGAUGCUGAACAACCACCCGAGCUCCGACCGCUGCUUGGGCGCAGGAGAAGCUCCAAGAGAUUCCGUAAGACUGGCGACGCUACGACUACAAAGACUUUCUUCACUCUCAUCAAGGCUUUUAUCGGAACCGGAAUCAUGUUCCUGCCCAAGGCAUUCCGUAAUGGUGGCAUUCUCUUUUCUUCAAUCACCUUGAUCGCACUUUCUUUGAUCAACUGUGGAUGCUUCCGACUUCUUCUAGACUGUCGUCAGAUUUAUGGAGGCGGUUACGGAGAGCUCGGUGAAGCCAUCAUUGGUCCCCGUUUUAGAAGCCUGGUUCUCGCAUCGAUUGCUAUUUCUCAGCUCGGAUUUGUCUGCGCCGGUCUCAUCUUCACAGCAGAGAAUCUAUAUGCCUUCUUAGAUGCUGUGACCGCCAACCACCGCGAGUUCAUGUUCAGUGUGCCAAGUCUGAUUGCUCUCCAAUUGGUUGCCCUUGUUCCUCUUGCAUUGAUUCGAAACAUCUCCAAGCUUGGGCCUGCCGCCCUGCUCGCGGAUGUCUUUAUCUUAAUUGGAAUUGUGUACAUCUGGUACUAUGACAUCGCGGCCCUCUCGCAGCACGGCAUGGACCCAACUGUGAAGCUCUUUAAUUCCAGAGAUUUUACUCUAACAGUCGGGUCAGGCAUUUUUACCUUUGAAGGUAUAGGACUUAUUUUGCCCAUCCAGUCCAGCAUGAAGAAACCCGAGCAUUUCCCUGGCCUUCUCUACCUGGUCAUGUUCAUCAUCACGAUCAUCUUCACAUCAGUGGGAGCACUCUGCUACGCGACGUUUGGCGAGGACACCAAGAUCCAGGUCAUUUCCAAUUUCCCUCAGGAUUCCCCCCUAGUCAACGCCGUCCAGUUCCUGUAUUCCAUUGCCGUUCUGGCAGGAGACCCCGUUCAGUUGUUCCCAGCUGCGCGUAUCGUCGAGACGUCUAUCUUUGGAGAACGGGCGACUGGCAAGAAGAGCAGUGCGAUUAAGUGGAAGAAGAAUGCCCUCAGAACCUUACUUGCAGGCGUCUGUGUUGGUGUCAGUAUUGUUGGCGCCAGUGACUUGGACAAGUUUGUCGCACUGAUUGGCAGUUUUGCCUGUGUUCCUCUUGUCUACAUCUACCCGGCAUUGCUGCACUAUAAGGGAGCUGCCCAGACCACCAGAGCCAAGGUCAUCGACGUUGUUGUCAUGGUGGUAGGCUUCAUUGCCAUGGUCUACACAACAUUGGUCACCGUGUACCAGUGGAUAGACAGCGCUUAA